UCACUGCAACACAAUCACUGCAACACAAUCACUGCAACACAAUCACUGCAACACAAAGAGUGCAAGACAAAGAGUGCAACACAAAGAGUGCAACACAAAGAGUGCAAGACAAAGAGUGCAAGACAAAGAAAGAGUGCAACAAUCUUUGUAUGAUGUGGAAGAAAGAAGGUUUUAAGAAGUGCAGAAGUGCAACUUUCAGCAUUGAUGGAUUUAACUUCACUAUUGUGGCCAACGAAGAAGGUGACAACAACCUCCACCCACGGACUCGCUUUGCACGAUCGUGGUCCCAGAAUGCUCUCUGCACUGCUGACACGUCCACCACCUUGGAACACAAAAACCUGCUGAUGAACUUCAACAACCUGGAAGAAAUCCUCGCUGAUGAACUUCCUGUUCCUGAUGCACCUGAUGCCAUGGAGAGAACUGCUGUCAGAUUACGGUGUCUGGUGCAGCAGCUGGAACGAGGACAAGCAUCAAUGGUGGACUUGAAGAACAAUCUAGAAAACGCAGCUUCAGUCCUUGAAAGUUUGUACUUUCAGGAAAACAGACGUGUGUCGGAGCAAGAGGACGAGCUGAGUGAGAUCCAAUCAGAGACAGUUCCAUCAGAGGUCCGUGAUUGGCUGGCGUCCACGUUCACGCGGCAGAGGUGUCGCAUGCUGCGGCGAUUUGAGGACAAACCUCGCUUCCGCAGCAUCGUGUACGCCGUGCAGGCUGGCAUCUUUGUGGACAGGAUGUAUAGAAGAUCUUCCAACAUGGUGGACCUGAGCUACCCUCCAGAUGUCAUCGCUGUACUCAAACAUGUAGACAGCUGGUCCUUUGACGUGUUUGCCCUGAAUGUUGCCAGUGGAGAUCACGCUCUGAAGUUCAUCUUCUAUGAACUUCUCACCAGAUAUGACUUGAUCACACGCUUCAAGGUUCCUGUGUCAGCUGUGAUAUCGUUUGCUGAGUCCCUGGAGGUGGGCUACAGCAAGAACAAGAACCCGUAUCACAACCUGACUCAUGCUGCUGACGUCACACAGACCAUCCACUACCUGCUGCUCCACACUGGCAUGUUGCACUGGCUAACUGAGCUGGAGAUAUUCUCCAUACUGUUUGCAGCAGCCAUCCACGACUACGAACACACGGGAACCACCAACAACUUCCAUAUCCAGACCAGGUCUGACACGGCCAUGUUGUACAACGACAGAGCAGUGCUGGAGAAUCACCAUGUGAGCGCUGCAUAUCGCCUCCUGCAGGACAAUGAUGACAUGAACAUCCUGGUCCAUUUCUCCACUGAGGACUGGAGGGAAUUACGUAACCUGGUGGUGGAGAUGGUGCUGGCCACAGACAUGUCUUCUCACUUCCAGCAGAUUAAAGCCAUGAAGAAUGCACUCCAGCAGCAUGAGGUGAUCGACAAACCCAAGGCCUUAUCGCUGCUGCUGCACACCGCUGAUAUCAGCCACCCUGCCAAGUGCUGGGACCUCCACCACCGCUGGACCACCUCCCUCCUGGAGGAGUUCUUCAUUCAAGGCGAUAAAGAAGCAGAGUUAGGUCUUCCUUUCUCGCCUCUUUGUGACCGAAAGUCCACCAUGGUGGCUCAGUCUCAGAUCGGCUUCAUCGACUUCAUCGUGGAGCCCACCUUCAGCGUGCUGAGCGACAUGAUCGAGAGCAUCGUCACGCCGCUCAUCCAAGACGUCGCUCGCUCGGGAUUGGCCGACAUCCGGCGCUGCAGCGUCGGCGACGACACCAAGUGGUCUGGCGGGAAAGGUGCGGUCUCAGACAACAGCUGCCGUCUGACCAAGGUCGACUUCAGGAGCUUCAAGGUCACCUGGAACAUGCAGAUCCAUGGCAACCGAGAAGCUUGGAAGAUGCGGGCAGACGCAGAGCCUCAACAAGACAGCCAUCCAGUGCGUAUCUACAAAGGACCAAGUUACUGCAUCAGAUACUACAGGUCAAAGGUCAGCAAGACUCAGGCCAUCCAUGCAAGAGAAAAAGCAAAAAGACUGCAGAGUAUUUCUCUGCGCCAUAGAAAGACUUGCUAAGCUAGGGAAUAUAAUAUAUAUCUAGUACCAUAUCUAUAACAGUACUGCAUGUGUAGUACCAUAUACCAUAUCUAUAACAGUACUGCAUGUGUAGUACCAUAUACCAUAUCUAUAACAGUACUGCAUGUCUAGUACCAUAUACCAUAUCUAUAACAGUACUGCAUGUC